ACACUGCAUCUGUAAUGAACCUGUCAUGUUAAUAUUUUCCUCGUUUUAUCGGCAUAUUUGACUGCUGUACUCCGAGGCACAGCUUAUAAACAAGCUAAGUAAAAUCAGGUUAAAAAGGACAAGAAGUAAAAUGCCUAAAUCAGCAAAGAAACUGACCAAAAUGGAAAAUCACAGUUCUGAUGAUGAAGAGGACGCUUUAGAGAUGGAGAGAAACUUUGCUUUACUCAGUAAAAGGAGCGCGAUGCAAACUUCAGCAGAGAAUGAUGAGAAAAUUAGAGAUGAAGAGGGAUCUGCAGAGGAUGAUGAAGCACCUGAAGAGGAUGAAGAUGGAUCUGCAGAGGUUGAAGACAAUGGCAUGGACGAUGAAGGUGACUCAGGGAGUGAUGAAGUUGACACAGGGAGUGAAGAUGAAGAGUCCGUUAGUAACCAUGAAGAUGGAGGCAGCAAGGCACAAUCACACAGGAAGGGCAGCAUUAAAAGUGAAUUAUCAACCAUGUCAUUUGAGGAAAUCUUAAAGCUACAGAAUAAAGUCGGAACAAAAGUGUACAAUAAAAUCGCUUAUGGUGCCACAAAGCAGCAGCAAAAAAACGAGCCCAUGAAACGGCUAAAUAAACACAGACCUCAAGAGAUUUCUGCAAAGAAACAUGUGCCUUUCCUCCGAAAAGUGGUUCCUGUCAAGAAAAGGAUUUCAAGAGACCCUCGCUUUGAUGACCUCUCAGGGGAAUUCAAGCCUGAAAUUUUUAAUCAGACGCACAAAUUCAUCAAUGAUCUCCGAGAAAAGGAAGCACAGUUAGUGAAGAAGAAUCUCAAGACAGCCAAAUCAAAAACUAAAAAGGGAGAGCUGAAAGCCUUGCUUAAGAGAAUGGAAAACCAACAGAGGGAACGUCAGAGGCAAGAGCAGGAUAGAGAAAAGGAACUUGAGUUCAAGCGGAAACAGAGAGAGUUGGUUGGCCAAGGACACAAACCCUUCUACCUGAAGAAAUCUGACAUGAAGAAGCUGGAAUUGGCAGAGAAGUACAGCGAGCUGAAAAGGAGUGGAAAACUGGAGAACUUCUUGAGUAAGAAGAGGAAGCGCAAUGCCACCAAGGAUCGCAAAAAAUUGCCCAAUAUGCGCUAAAUAUAACUUCAUCUGUAGCAUCUGUUGAUUAUUUGUCUUGGUGCGAGAUGAUACAGAAGGACGUCAGCUGAGGAGUUAUUUUUGCUCGACUCUGAUGUUUAAAGAGAACUUGAGGUUUAAAUUUGAUCUACAGUUUCACAAAACUGGAUGCAUGUUGUUUAUAGGUUUGACAGAGAUGCUUUUCCUAAAUAUCCAUUGUCUUCUGUUCUUUAAUUAUAAUGUAAUGUUUAAUGUUUUCUUAAAAUAAAAUCCUUAGAUGUAUUGUCGGACACCUCUCUUAAUUCA